AUGUUGAACAUUGCCUCGGGUGCAAUCACGUACGAUAAGUGCGAAGACAUUGUACCGAACAGCGAAAAUGACAGCAGUGCAAAGCGAAGAAAGCUCGCGGGCGUAACAAACUCGAUCACGAUAUCGUACAGCGUCGCCGCGUUGGACGAAGCGGACGCCACGAGCUUACAAACUACGCUGAAGGACAUCCAACCAACGGAGUGGAGAGGUCAACUUGAGAGAGAUGGAGUGAGCAUAUCUAACGUGAUUAAUGAUUUUGGAGAUAUCGUAGUCGCCGCGCCGCCUCCGCCGCCGUCGCCGCCUCCGCCGCCACCGUCGCCUCCUCCGCCGAGACCGCCGCCGAAUGCGCCUCCUCCUCCUCCGCCUCCGCCGCCGCCGUUCCCGAAACCGCCGCCAUUCAACGAAGAUCUCGUGCGUUUAACCGCCCGAAUCGAUGCAGCGCCGUUAGUGAACGAAAAGCACGAGUUCAAUUCGACCACGUGGGAGUAUGGAGGUAUUCAAAUCGUCCGAGAGACGGAACGCGCUUGGAGCAUCUUUGAAGGCAACGGAAAGCCCGGCGUGGCUGUUGUUCGCGUGACCUUGAACAAGUUGGACGCGUCUUUUGGACCGGAAAACUCCGAAAGUUCUUCGUUGAUUAUUGCGGAAGGAUGCGAGGUUGGUACUCCAGUGCGUGUUGUUGAAGAUCCAGCGAUUACGUACUCGACUGGCUUACACAAGUUCGACGUAGAGUUGACGUGUGAAGACGGCUCGAGAAUUGUAAACUUAGACUGGGAAAAGUUGGUCGAUAAACGCGGACGUCCUUCAACAACGCAAGGUGACGGUCUCAAGAUCACGUACGAUAUCCUCCCGCCGACGCCAAAGAUUACGAGUCCGAAUCGAGGUUUCUCCACGCAAACGUACGUCGGUUUUCUCGUCGAUUUUGGCGAGAAAGUUCGAUUGACUCCGGGGAAUCUUUUGCAAGCCUUGAACGUCACAAACUGCUGGGCGAAGGACGUUUUAUACGAUGCUUCAGUCGGUAAAGUGUACGUGAGAUGCUGGGCGAACACGAACAAAGUGUGCGCGGUUGGUACGUACCCGUAUUCUACGAGAGACAUCUCCGGGAACUGGAACGGCGACGGCGUAUCCCUCGACAUUUUGCAAUACACGGCGUCCGGCACGGUCUCCAACGCCGCCCACUUGUCAACCUUCGGUUUGGCCGUUGGGUCGCUCUUAUCGAUUGCUUCGUUGACGCCUUUGCCUGGAGGAGGUCCCAUCGUCGUCGACACGCUUUCGAUUCUGCCUAUGAUUGCCUUCUUCCAACAGUUGGCCUUCACGUCCAUGCUCGCCGUGCCGAGAAUUCCGGCGCAAUACGCCGUCUCUAUGGGUAGAUUGAUGUUCUUGAACAUGGCCAUUCCAGCGCCGGAAGUUUCGAAGCCGGUGUAUCACGAUUCAACGUACCAAACGGAAUUGUUCGGCGUGAAGAGAGGUAUGGAACUUGACGAGGACGAGAUGUUUGCGGAACUCACGGAAACGACGUACACCGCGGCUGCUAAGGCUGGAGGUCGCCGCAAGUUGCUUCAAGACACGACGGAGGAGUGGAACACGAUCCCGGUUCAAGAUGAGCUUGCGAUUAUCGACGCCGCAGUUGGUGUUUAUGACGAAGAAGGUUGGGAUUACUUUGUCGAGGUGGCGUUUUGGGCCUCUGUCUUUUGUACUUUGGCAAUCUUUGCGCACGUCACGGGCGUCAUCGUGUGUUUGCGAAAGUUCUGGGUCAUUCCGGCGUUCAUGACGAUUCCGGCGAUUGAAUUACUCGCCCUCUUAAUCGUCGGUCCUGGCGUCACGAGAGCUUUAAUGGUUGUCAUGGUUGGUCAGACCGGCGCCGGGUACGCGGUUGGGUUGUGUGGCAUGCUGUUUGCGUUCUUCGCGAUUGUGUGUCCUCUCGCGUACAUCAUCUUCCGAGCAACGCCGCCGCACCCGAAAUCAAUUCGCGAACGUGGAGAUUGGUGGGGAUUUAGCGCAGUCAUGCAAGGCUUGAAGUCAAACACGGGUCGAUUCAAAUCGUGGGAGACGGACCUUGAAGGCGCUUCGUUUAGGAACAAGACGCUUUCGCCGUAUUGGUACGCGUAUGCCAUCUUCCUGGCGUACUCGAAGUUGUUCUUUUCUGCUGCUAUUUACGGCAUGUACACAGAAAAGGCCGAGGCGACGUAUCAAGCCAAGGUGCUGUUCUGCCUCGACUUCAUGCACUUGGCGUACGUCGCGAUUAUUCGACCGUAUUCCUUGUUCUUACAAAACAUCGCCUGGAUUAUUAUCGAGUUCUGUCUCAUGAUUGUUCACGGCUGCGCGCUCGGGUUGACUGGGGACGUCGAGAGCGAUUACGCUGAAAAUCUUGGUUCCGGUAUGAUUGCGUUUGCUGCGUUAGGAGCUGUAGGAUACUCUGGCUGUUUUCUGUACUCGUGGUACAAGGACGUCAAGGAAUUCAACGAGGAGCUUGGCGACGAAUUCGUCGAGCCGAAGAAAGGUGUCCUCGGUCAACUCCAGAGUUUCAAAAAUAACACCAUCAACAUGUUGGGUCUCGCGAAGAAACAAGCGCAGAGCGAAGAAACAGAGGUGCAGCAACUUCAGAGAACGAAUACAUUGUCGCGCAUGGCGAGUCGCACGACGUCGCUCAAGAGAACGCCGACUAUGACCAAGAAAGCCGUUCGCAAGGAGACGAGAAAAGCGAUGAGAUGGAGCGUCUACAUGACCGUUCUACUCGUUUCAAUCAUGGCGGGUGUGUACGCGGCGGUGUACUACGCGACAGGAUACGCGAAUUCUACGCCGUCGACGGUUGGUGAGUUAUCCUCGAAGAUUGUAGCCUCGGUUCGCGUGGAUGGGUACACGAAGGAUACGUUUGUAGACAACGACUUUUUGGACGGUUUGGCGCUUUAUUUGGAUGUCAAUCCGAAAGCGGUCGGUAUCGAUGACGUUGAAAACACUCCCCUCGACGAAGUUGGCCGACGCAGAACGCUUUUGAGUCAAGCGGAAGACAACGACUUUUUGUCGGUGAGCACGAGAAGCUUACUCGUCGCGAGUUACGGCUCCGUCGACGUCGAUUUUUAUGUCUUGUCGGACGCGGAGUAUAUUCAGGGUCUCAUCGACAAAAUCAAUUUGCUCGGCCUCGAUACGUUAGAAGGAACAACCGCAAAGAGCACGUUCAUCACCUCUCUCCAAGAUGCGGGAUUUACGGAAGCGUACACCGUCAUAUUGACGAGAGAGGCGUAUCAGUUGAUGCCGCCGCCGCCGUACUCAGCACCGGCGCCGCCGCCUGCGAAACCUCCUCCUCCUGCUCCAUCACCUCCACCACCAUCCCCCCCGUCUCCACCCCCGUCUCCACCGGCUCCUCCUCCUCCGUCCCCUCCGUCUCCGCCCCCGCCGCCAUCGCCGCCGCCAUCGCCGCCGCCGCCGCCCAUCACGCAGCUUGUCGGUGCUACUCAGGAUCCGAUCGAUGCUACUAAAUGCAUUGCCAACUACAACAUCAAUAGAUUAUAUGUCGUCGGAGAUGAUUAUGAACCAGCCCCUUCUGAAGACCAGCAAGGAUGGGAGCCGGAAAAUUUGGUCGAUUGCGUGAAGCAAGGAGGUGAGACUGGUAACGGUUGGAAAACGAAGACGUUGACGGCAGCUGAAAUCGGGGCGUGGGAAGCGGGCACUUUACCAGCCGAUACGGCAGAAGUCGUGUACGAGUUCGCCUCGGCUUUGUGGGUGAACAAAAUCGACGCCUACGGCUCGAACGAAACAGUCGCAAAGUCGAAGAGCGCGAUCUUGUAUGUAGGCGCCGCCGAUGGUGACGUGUCUGCAUCCAAUCCGUGCGAGGACGCCGCGUGGGAGCAGGUUGGAGACGAGGUGUUCUUCGAGAUUGCGAACAACACUGCGAACAACCCGCAGUUUAUUCGCGGUAACAAAGUGACGUGGUUGCCGGAGAGGUCUGGUGUGUGUUGGAAGAUUAAAGUGUCCGGGUUUCCAAGUAAAGAUCCUGUGUGUGGGUGUGCUUAUGCUUCAUCUUAUCACGGAGAGCUUAUCACGGAGGCUAAUCCGUGCGACGUGAAGUGCGUGAAACAGACGUCAGUCGGUUUGGACGAGAUUCACUUUGAGAACUGGGAUUGGUUAGGCAUUGCCGGUCCAGGUAAUCAAAAGGAUUCAGAGACUGAAAAAGGCACGGAUUAUGACAAGCCCGCGUACGUCCCCGCCAACGGACAACGUCGAUAG